AUGGUAGACGACACCCUUCCACGUCUCAUCUUCAUCCGCAUCUGCAUCUUCCUCCUCCACUAUGCGCCUCUCAUCGAAACCGUCCUCCUUCUCACGGUCGUCACCCUCCGCUACCCUCCACCCACUUUAAUACCCCAUGCGGAGCAAAUCGCAUCCUUCAUCCCUCCUCCGCUUUACAACACCUUCACCUCCCCCACCACAAUCCUCCUCCUCGCAGCCCUCCUCACAACGGAAUUCAUCUACAUCACAACCCUCUACCUCCCGCAUAAGGCCAGCCUCAAACACGAAGCUGUCCACCCCCCGCUACCGCCACGAAAAGAGCGCGAAGAGCUCUUCGACAGAGCCCUAGACAGCACGACAGACUGGGACGAGUACCUGAAGCUCUGGUUCCUCGGAUCUCCGGUGGAAGAAGUGAAGAGGGAGAACGUGCGGGAGUUUUUGCUCUGGGCGUUCUUUGACAGGGACGGGGAAGCCAAGGGGGACAAUGAUGAUAUUGCGGAAGAGCUGGAAUCGUAUUUGGUCAAGAUCGAAGCUUUGCUCGGGAGGAAAUUGCCGCCGGGAAGAGGAAGUGCUACGAGCCUCAGGCUGACGUUUGAUGAGAUUGAGACGAGGUAUCGCAGUGUAGUGUGGUAUGGGGUUAUUGCUUUACUGGAUUUGAUCACGCAUGCGGUGUUGGCUUGGGGCGGGUAUAGACAUUAUCGGCCGGGGAGGCCGGGGAGGGAGAGGAGUUUGUGGGAGGGUCGGGAAAGGGGAGGGGCGGAAGGGGUGAAAGGAGCAUCAGCGACAACAGGAGGAGCAGUAACGGCAAAAGCAACGACAGCAACCCUCUUCCCGCCACGCCUCCAACAUUCCAUCCCCUUAAUUCCCCCCAGCUUCCGACAUCACACCUCUCCCACCAAGCACCUAAGUUACUACCUCCGCCCGCACCGCUCACGCACCCAACCGCCUAUGGUCUUUAUCCACGGCAUCGGUAUUGGCCUCUGGAGCUACCUUCCUCUUCUCAACUCCCUCAAAAUCUCAGCCUCCGAGGGUCUAGGUGGCGGAAAAGAUGAAGAAGAUGGACAAAUAGGCAUCCUAGCCGUUGAGCUUCUGCCAAUCUCCUCCCGCUUGACAGGGUCAGGCCCCGAACUCCCAGCCGCGCUUGACCAUGAGCAGUUCUUGCGGGAGUUUGAGGCUGUUCUGAAGUUCCACAGUACCGAAGAAGGAGAUGGCCGGUUUCCGCUAGAUAAAGGAUUCACGCUCGUGACGCACUCAUACGGGUCAACGUUGGUGGCACCCAUAUUGCGGUCUACCACGCAGUUUACCUCCUCCUCAUCAGCAGACACAGACGCAGAAACAGGCACAGGACAGAGUCUCAGUCUGGCGUCCCUAACCAACACGCUUAUCCUCACGGAUCCAGUUUCGAUAUGUUUACAUCUCCCCACGGUAGCAUACAACUUUACGCGCCGCGCGCCGCGCACCGCAAACGAGUGGCAGUUGUGGUACUUUGCCAGCACGGAUAUCGGAAUCGCGAGGGCUCUUGGGCGGGGGUUCUUCUGGAGAAGGAAUAUUCUUUGGAGGGAGGACAUUAACGAAUUCCUACUGAAAGGAAAAGGGGAAGGGGUAGGUGAGAGGAAGAAGGAGAGAAGAAGAAGAAGAAGGGUGGUGGUUUGUCUGGCGGGCAAAGAUCUGAUUGUUGAUACCAAGAGCGUGAGGGCGUAUCUGGGGUGGACUACGGAUUAUAAGGGGUGGUUGGAUGAGGGUGUUGAAUGGUUGGGAGGUAAAGGGAAGAAAGGACAGAUUAUGAGGAAACAGACGGGGAAGAAUGGGAGUGGGAUUGAGGUGCUGUGGUAUCCGAGGCUGGAUCAUGCGCAGAUGUUUGAGAACGAAGAGACGUUAAGGCCCGUUUUGGAUGUUAUUGGGGGGUGGGAUCAAAGGGGAGAUGGGGGAGGUCAGGAGAAGUAA